UUGUUGGCUCGGAGGGGAGCGGCGCCUCGGCGAGAGCCCACCAUGGUGCAGCAGGCGGAGAGUACGGAGGCGGAGAGCAACCUGCCCCGGGAAGCGAUGGACACCGAAGAGGGCGAGUUCAUGGCUUGCAGCCCCGUCGCUUUAGACGAGAGCGACCCGGACUGGUGCAAAACGGCGUCGGGGCACAUAAAGAGACCGAUGAACGCGUUCAUGGUGUGGUCUAAGAUCGAGCGGAGAAAAAUCAUGGAGCAGUCCCCGGACAUGCACAACGCGGAGAUCUCCAAGCGCCUGGGCAAGCGGUGGAAAAUGCUGAAGGACAGCGAGAAGAUCCCUUUCAUCCGGGAGGCGGAGAGGCUGCGGCUCAAGCACAUGGCCGAUUACCCCGACUACAAGUACCGUCCCAGGAAAAAGCCCAAAAUGGACCCGUCGGCCAAGCCCAACGCCAGCCAAAGUCCCGAGAAAAACGCGCCCGCCAGCAGCGGCGGCAGCAAGAGCGCCAAGAGCUCCAGCAAGAAGUGCAGCAAGCUGAAAGCCUCCUCCGGCUCCUCGCCUCCCAAGCCGGGAGCCAAAGCCGCCCAUCACGGGGACUACGCGGGAGACGAGUACGUCUUCGGCACCCUGAAAGUGAGCAGUAAGACGGUCAAGUGCGUCUUCAUGGACGAGGAGGAGGAUGAGGAGGAGGACGAGGACGAGCUGCAGCUGCGAAUCAAGCAGGAGGCGGAGGAGGAGGACGAGGAUGAGGAGCCGGGGCCGCAGCAGCUGCGGCGGUACAACGUGGCCAAAGUGCCGGCCAGCCCCACCUUGAGCUCCUCGGCGGAGUCCACCGAGGGGGCCAGCCUGUACGAGGAGGUGCGGGGCGGCGCCGCGGCGGCGGGCGGCGGCAGCAGACUCUACUACAGCUUCAAGAACAUCACCAAGCAGGGCCCGCCGCCGCCGCAGCAGCCGCCCGGUCUCUCCCCGGCCUCCUCCCGGUCCAUCUCCACCUCGUCGGCGGGCAGCGAGGAGGCGGACGACCUGCUCUUCGACCUCAGCCUCAACUUCUCCCAGCACGGCCACGCCGCCGCCGAGCUGGGGGCGGGCGCCGCCGGCGGCAACCUCUCUCUCUCGCUGGUGGACAAGGACCUGGACUCCUUCAGCGAGGGCAGCCUUGGCUCCCACUUCGAAUUCCCCGACUACUGUACCCCGGAGCUGAGCGAGAUGAUCGCGGGCGACUGGCUGGAAGCGAACUUCUCCGACCUGGUGUUCACGUACUGAGCGGGGGCGGCGGCCAGGGCGGACGGCGAGAGCGGCGGAGCUGGAGCGGCGCGUCGCCGGCGAUGAUGAUGAUCAUGAUAAUGAUUAAAAAAAAUAAGUCUUGUUUUCUUUAAAAAAAAAAAAAAUCUCGAAGUUAGUUCCGAGCCCGGGAGUUGUGAUUUUUUUUUUAAUUUUUUUUGUGUUUUUUUUUAAUUUUUAUUAUGUUUGGUGAUCGCAACAACAACAGCAAAGGCAAAUGGGACUGGGGGAAAAAUGAUACAGAAGGCGCUGUUUGAAGCUUGUCGGUCUCUGAUUGAAGUCUGGAAGAUGGUCUGCAAAGAAGUCUUUUGGCAGCACAACUGUUACUCAAGGGGGUUUGUGGAUUUUUAAUUUUUUUUCCCGUGAGAGAUCUUAACGAACUGUUAUGAUUUUAUUUUUUUUUUUCCGAAAGGGACCAUUGCAACUUUUUUUGGAGGGAGAAAACUGAUGUCUUCUAUGCAUCCGAUUCUUAACAAAGCUGCAGGGAGCUUGAAAAAAUGCAGACUGUACAAACGCUUACAAAUAACUGAACUGACUUAAGAUCAGAGUUUACUUUUCAGAUCAAAUUGUUUAUGGUUUUACAAAUGUGAUUUCUACUUGCCAACUUUUUUUUUUUUGUAACUUGUUCCCUUAUACCUCCUUGAUUGAAUACCAGACAGCCUAGACCUCAGUACAAAAAGGUAUUGAAACAUUUUUGAUACAUAACAGACCUCAGUCUUUUUUAAAAAUUAAUAUAUUUUCAGGCGUAUUUUUGUACAGUGAAAAGGGAACAUUCUUGCUGUGUUUUUUCAGUAAGACUUUUCAGGCACUUCUUCCCUUUUAUUUUCUUUGUUUUUCUCUGUUUUUAGCAUGCAAGUUUGUUGGUACGUUACGUCCUGGUUUUAAAAGGAUUAAAAUUUUAAAAAAUAAUCCUUGCAUCUAAAGGCCUUGUGGUUUAAAAAAAAAAAGAAACAAACACUUUUUUUGUACAGCUAUAGUUCAGAUUUGUUCAAUAUUUGUAGGUAAAGAUUUAUUGAAAAUGGUGAUAUAGACCUCAGAGCUGUUAUCUUAGUUUAAAAGAUUGUAUAUGUACUGUACUAUAGUAGGAUUUUAUGUAUCUCAUACGCUGUGAUAUGUGGAUGGGGCCCCAGAUGGAAGGUAUGAAACUGGAUUCUCGAUUUUAGCAAAAAAAAAAAAAAAAGAAAAAAGGCACAUAGUUUAAAAAGUUUCUCAUGUUGUGCAAUAUAAUCUAAAGUACAGACCAUCUGCAUAUUUUGUAGCAAAAUGAUGGCAAAAGCAGACUUGUGCACUGUCAACAUCAUAGCCUGUUUUUUUUUUUUUUUUUUAAUGCUGAAAGUCUGUAUCUUUACAAUUUUAAUAAAUCAGCUGGAACUGAUAGAAACUCGUAUCGCAAUUAGUGUCUGUAGCAGUAACGCUGGAGAUGCCGUGUUGUCGCCCUGGCCCGCGGAGGAGCGGUAGCUGUAGGAUGUAGUGCAUGAUCAGAGCUAGGGGGGGAGGAGAGUCAGGACUGCUUAUUUUCCUUUUUUUUUUUUCCUCCUCUAGUCGCCUUUUUCCCACCGGCUUUGCUCCGCGGGGCCGGGGUUUGCUUGCUGCUUACCCGGGGCCGCUCUGGGCAGCGGCAGGCUGGC